AUGCGGUGCAUUCGCAGGGCUGCAAGGCAGCGGCGGGCGCUAGGUGCGAGGGUCAGGCGGUGGGGGCUCGCUACGUGCCGCGCAUUCCGCGCACGUGGGCCGCACGUGCGCCGGCGGCUGCUUGCCAGCAAGUCGCCGCGCGCGCGCUCCGCCCCCGACGACUGCUACGUGCCGGCGGCGGGCGGGCUGCUGCCCAUGCUGCUGCGGGACACGCCCCCGGACACCCAGCUGCCGCCCCCGCCGCCCCUCAACGGCGACGCCGUCUUCCUGCGCGACGGCCGCCACCGCGACGGCUCCAGCUCCUCGCCCCGCCUCUUCGACGACGACGACGAUGAAGAAGACGACGACGGGAUGGAGCAGGACGAGGUGGACCUGUGCGACUUCCUGGCGCCGCAGCCCGAGACCCGCGAUAACGAGUGCCAGACGCGCGAGAGCCUCUUCCUGACGGCGAGCGUGACCACGGCCACGAGCACCACCUCGCCCAGCUCCGAGAAACACCUUCGCAAGCAUCCGUGA